AUGUACUCACCCAUGAUGACCCCGUCCGUCAUGGGCAGAGGCAUGCUCCCAUACCUCCCACGGGCCCAACCAUCACCCUCGCGCCGCAAAAAGACGGCCUCUGAUCCCGACGGCAACUCUCUCACCAAAUCCACCUCCAAGAGCUCCCGAGCUUCAAGCAGCGGCGAGCCAUCCCAUGCAUCGCAGACCUCACACGACGACGCGCCGUCAAGGUCGGACCGCCCCGCCAACGCCGCAGCCGUGGGGCUUGACCAUGAUGACCAUGGCCACGACCGUCACCAACAGCACCAGCAACAGCAUGCUGGCAAAGGCAAAGGGCGCCUCCACGACGACAACGACGCUGCCAACAACAACAUCAACGGCAACAGUCACACCACUGAAUGCUCCGCCGCACGCACCACGGCAAGCGGUCCGCUCCCUAUUGGAGCUGGAGCCUCCCCGGACGCUAGAGGCACCCCACAUCAUCCUCAACACCACAUCCACCACCAUGGAUCCCAUCAAAAGCCUUGUCCGUCCGCCUCCUCCUCUCCUCCCUUGCCCUCCGCCUCUUCUCCCCGACCCGCGCAGCACAGCGCCUUCAAGCGCGCCUCCCACUCCCUCAUCUCCCGCGGUAAGCAUCACCCCGAUGCCAGUCACCACCCACCGCUCCCCGACGUCGCUUCCUCCAAGCAUGCCCAUGGGGCUGCUCACCACAAUCUCUCGACGUCGCCUCGGUCUCCCACCGCAGCGCACAUGAAUGGCGCCGCGUCCGUCCCCGACCUUUUUGCACGCUCCUUCUCCGCCGCCACCGCCAACAUGUCCUCGACCGCCGACGCCUCCUCUAGCUCCCGCGAGAACCUCAUCACCUCCAAGCCCUUUGUCCUCCGCAAUGGCCGCUCCUACAUCAAUGACACGAGCUUGCCCUACCCGCUGCCCGCCGACCUAACGGAGCUGCAUCGCCAGUCCAUGCGCACUUUGCUGCUCAUCCAGGUCUUUGGGAGCCCUGUCUGCUCGUCCACCUUCUCCAGCCGCCCGCCCCAACGUGUCCUCGAGAUUGGCUGCGGCUCCGGCUUUUGGUCCAUGAUGUGCCAUCGGUACUUCAAGUCUCGCGGCCACGGCAACAUCUCCUUUACUGGCAUCGACAUUGCCCCGCUCGCCCCCUCCGGCCCGAUGAUGACGGCAGCUACGGCCACCCACGGUGCCAGCCACCAAUCUGCCAAGCCCGACCCGGAGAUGAAUUGGCGCUUCAUCAGCCACGACCUGCGCCAGCUGCCCUGGCCCGUCGACGCCGAGCAGUUUGACCUCGUCAUGGUCAAGGAUAUGAGCCUGGCCACCACGAACCUGCAGCACCAGUACUUUGUCGACGAGUACAUUCGCCUACUCCGGCCUGGCGGCGUCCUCGAGAUCUGGGAAUCAGACCACCUCAUCCGCAUGCUUCGCCCGCACGUCCCCGACGGCAAGCUCUCCGGCGACGACACUGAGGACCAGGAAGUGGCCACCAGUCUUGGUGCCUACGUCAUGAACGCCAACACACCGCUUUCGGCGCCCCUGAACACAUUCCUCGUCGAGUACAAUCAGUGGCUUUCGCGUGCCCUCGAAACGCGCGACCUCACUGCGGUGCCGUGCACGCUGAUAGGGCCGACGCUGCUGCAGGAGUCGGAGACGCUGACCGACGUCCGCUCGCGACGCCUGGCCAUCCCGCUCAGCGAAGUGCGCUGGGAGCGCGAGGGCGUCGGCGGUGUCGUCGUCACCAAGGACGGCAAGGGCGCGGCGUCGCCACCACCGCCCAAGGUGGAGAGCCGCGUGCUGUCGCCCGGGCAGGAGGCACUUCGCCAGACGGCGCUCCUGACGGUCGUACAGCAGAUCCAGGCGCUCGAGCCGAUCCUGCGGGAAGUCUCGGGUAAGAGCCAGGAUGAAUGGGAUGUGUGGAUGGGCAAGAUGAUGGGCGACCUGAUGAGCGACAGCGGCACGAGCUGGGGCGAGUGUCUAGAGGUGGGCGCGUGGUCCGCUACGAAACGAAAGCGAUGA